CGGAAGUGUGAUCUGUGUACGCUCUUUGCUUUUCUCCCUGUGACAGCUUUUUGCUUGGGACAAGCACUCCUAUUACUUGCUCUUAGUACUCAGUGUAUAUUCACAGUAUGGCGACCCCGCUGCCCCCGUUACCCCCACAGUUCAGGUCCAUUCAGCAUCAUCUGAGAACAGCCCAGGAACAUGACAAAAGGGACCCGGUGGUGGCAUAUUAUUGCCGUUUAUAUGCCAUGCAGACUGGUAUGAAGAUUGAUAGCAAGUCCCCGGAGUGCCGCAAAUUCUUGUCUAAGCUUAUGGAUCAGUUAGAAACUUUAAAGAAACAGCUUGGUGACUGUGACUCCAUCACUCAAGAGAUAGUGGGCAGUGCUCAUGUGGAAAAUUAUGCCCUCAAAAUGUUCCUGUAUGCCGACAAUGAAGACAGGGCUGAACGAUUUCACAAGAAUAUGAUAAAGUCAUUCUACACAGCCAGUCUCCUGCUUGACACAUUGUCUGUAUUCGGAGAGCUUACCGAAGAGAAUGUGCAACAUAGAAAAUACGCAAGAUGGAAGGCAACAUACAUUCACAACUGCCUGAAGAAUGGGGAGACUCCACAAUCAGGGCCUAUAGGUCUAGAAGGAGAAGACUACUAUGAAGACGAGGAAGAAGGGUUGUCAUCUCAGGGCGUCCAAGGACCUGAGCGAUCAUCUUCAACAUAUGAUCCUGGAAACUCAGCAAAUGCAAACUACUCUGGUAUACACAUACCCCCUGGUGCGCAUGCUCCUGCAAACACUCCAGCAGAGGUCCCUCACAAUACAGGUGUAGUAAGCAACACUAUAACCCAUCCAACUCCGCAAAACAUACCUGCUGUAGAUCCAUCCCUUUACACUGAAAAACCACAAGCAGGAGACAUUCGCUUGACCCCUGAAGACUUUACCAGAGCACAGAAAUAUUGCAAGUACGCUGGGAGUGCAUUACAGUAUGAGGAUGUGAACACAGCCGUGCAGAAUCUGCAGAAAGCCUUGAAGCUACUCACUACAGGCAGAGAGUGAAGUCUCCAUUAUUUCCAUGCUGGGCUUCACAAAUACAUCUCUAUCCACAGAUACCAGAUUUAUGAAAAGCCCUUGUUCUUGUUAGGCACAGCAAUUUGCUCUCCUUUUUUCAAACCUCCUCUAACAUUACCAUAACUGUAUGCAAUUCUUUUAAAAUAAUCCAGGAAAUCAAGUGAGGUUGCUGUUUGAUGCAUAUGUAUGUUAAACAAACACAAAAAAAUGCUAUGUUUACAUGUUAUAGGAUCAGUAAAAUAAAUACACACAUUUGGUCUGUUGUUAA